GCGACAUGAGCCUGGCCGGGGGUCGCGCGCCCCGGAAGACGGCGGGGAACCGUCUGUCCGGGCUUCUGGAGGCCGAGGAGGAGGAUGAGUUUUACCAGACCACCUAUGGCGGCUUCACCGAGGAGUCCGGGGACGACGAGUACCAGGGGGACCAGUCGGACACGGAGGACGAGGUGGACUCCGACUUCGACAUCGACGAGGGGGAUGAGCCGGCCAGCGACGGCGAGGUGGACGAGCCCAAGCGCAAGCGGCGAGUAGUCCUUAAGGCCUACAAGGAGCCCCUCAAGAGCCUGAGGCCGCGCAAGGCCAGCGUCCCGCCCGGCGGCUCCCAGAAGGCCCGAGAGGAGAAGGGGCGGCUGCCACCCAAGCUGCUGGACGACGGGAGCGACGGCCGCAAGUCGAUGCGCCAGUCGACGGCGGAGCACACGCGGCAGACGUUCCUGCGGGUGCAGGAGCGUCAGGGCCAGUCUCGGCGCCGCAAGGGCCCCCACUGCGAGCGGCCGCUGACCCAGGAGGAGCUGCUGCGCGAGGCCAAGGACACCGAGGAGCUCAACCUGCGCUCGCUGGAGACGUACGAGCGCCUGGAGGCCGACAAGAAGAAGCAGGUGCAUAAGAAACGCCGCUGCCCGGGGCCCGUCAUCUCCUUCCACUCGCUGACCGUGCCGCUGCUGGCCGACCCCGGCGCCCGCGAGGAGAACGUGGACGUCGAGGGGCUGGACCCGGCCCCCGCGCCGCCGGCGCCCCCGGCCCUCUGCUCUCGCACCCUGGUGACGUUCAGCGACGACGAGACCUUCGGCUCGUGGUUCCCGCGGGGCCGGCCGCCCCGGGUGCCCGUGCGCGAGGUCUGCCCCGUGACCCACCGGCCGGCCCGCUACCGCGACCCCGUCACCGACAUCCCCUACGCCACCGCCCGCGCCUUCAAGAUCAUCCGCGAGGCCUACAAGAAGUACAUCGCCGCCCACGGGCUGCCGCCCGCCGCCUCCGCCCUGGGGCCCUCCCCGCCGGGCCCCCCGGACCCCCCGUGCCCCCGCAGCCUGAGACAGAAGAUCACCCUCAAGUGACCCCGCUUCCCCCCGCCCCAUCCCGCCCGAUCGUUUUCAUCAAUAAAAGCCUCACGGCCCUUAC